AUGCCGUCGAUAUCGUCGCAACCAUCGGCAGAGCCAAGCAGCAGCUCUCAAUCCACGUUGUUUUCCACACCAACCGGAAGCAACGUGCGCAUACAGACGCCUGAAGCGCCCGCCAGUCUCGACGAUCUGCUCAAAUCGCCCCAUAAUCCUGCGCUACAAAUCCAACAACCGAGCUCGACACUUCGAGGCGCCUCGCCUGAAGAUCAACGGCGGCGGAAUGGCUUCCAUCUGUGGCGGACCGAAUCGGAAGACGCUCGCAAGGUGAGGCUGCGUCGAGCCAUUGAAGCAGCAGAGGCACGAGCCAAUGCUCCCCCGAGUCUGACUCAGCGUAUCGGCUCCAAAGUAGGAGCUUCCGUCGACUGGAUGGCUUCGCGCGGCUUCUUGAGCCUUUACAGGCGCAAUCCCAUUCGCCUUGCUGAUGACGCGGAAGCGAUACCUCAGGAGGCCUUGACGACGCGCGAGCCCAGACUCACCCGUCUCGGCCUCAUUAUCUUGACGCUCAGUCUUGCGGGCGCUCAGCUCGCAUGGACGCUCGAGCUUGCCUAUGGUACGCCAUACCUUCUUUCGCUCGGGCUCAGCGAGGAGAGCACUAGCCUGGUGUGGCUCGCUGGACCGCUCAGUGGUCUGAUUGCGCAACCCGUCGUCGGCUCGCUCUCGGAUCAUUCGACCUCUUUGUUCCGACGUCGUAAAUACAUGAUCAUCUCGGCCUCGCUUUUGACCUUCUCUACCAUCAUGCUGGCCUACUCGGUCCCCAUCUCGACUGCGCUCGUCGACCUCUUAGGAGGCGGUCUUGCCGAUUGGGAUCCGCACCGCCACGAGCUUGUUCAUUCCACUACGCAGACCAUUUCAGUUUUGGCCUUUUGGAUCCUCGACUUUGCUCUCAACGGUCUGCAGGCCUCAUCGCGUGCACUCAUUCUCGACACCGCCCCAUCGGAGCAGCAGACUGUUGCCAAUGCGUGGCAAGGUAGGAUGACGCACGCUGGCAAUGUGGUCGGCUAUCUGUGUGGUUGGGUCGAUCUGGCCAGCUGGAGAGGACUGCAGUGGCUCGGCGGCGGUCAAUUCCGCAGAUUUGCUAUGGUCUCGCUGUUGGCCAUGAUUUCGUGCGUCAGCGUUACUGUUACGUGCAUAUCGGAAUCGCCAGUCGACCAACGCUUCUCGAAUCCCGGUCAGCAGAGACAGUCGGCGUGCUUGACGGCUUGGAGCUCCGUCAAGGCCACCAUCGACGAUGUGUGGCACGCCAUUCGCAGGCUGCCGCGGUCGGUUAGAAGGGUGUGUCUGGUGCAGCUAUUCGCUUUCAUGGGCUGGUUCCCUUUUCUGUUCUAUAGCACCACGUAUGUGUUGCAGAUCGCACAGUACGAGCGUAACCUCCAGAGGCAGAGGUACAAUGACGUGCUGCUUGGGGUAUCUUAUGCAGAGAUGACGCUGGAUACAGGCGAAGAUCAUCCGAGCUCGGAUCGCGAUGCAGAGCGGGGCUCGUUUGCCAUGCUCAUGUUUGCCAUUGUGUCGCUCGUAUCUGGAGCACUGCUGCCGUAUCUUGCUCUGGCCGGUGAGAAGCGGGAAGAGCAACAGCCGCUUGUUCCACGGCGAGCGCAAGAUGACAUUAACGAUCAAAGCUUGACCCCGCCAUUGCAGCUCGACAUUCCCGCGGACCAGGAAUCGCUGCACAGCAACCGCGGGCUGGUGCACGAUCCCGAACACGAGGAAAGGCUCUCUCGCACUAAACGCAUUGUACGCGGUCUCAAAAAAGGUCUCACGCUACGGACAUUCUGGACGCUGGCCUCGAUCACAUUUGCUGCGCUCAUGCUGGUCGGUACAGCCUGGGCGAGCACGGUGCAACAAGCCACGGUGGUGAUUGCGCUCGUCGGUGUGCCAUGGAGCAUUGCUGCUUGGGCGCCGUUUGCGAUGGUGGGCGAGUUUGUGCGCGAAGCUGAAGAUGGCGCGUCGCCGUUUGAGUUCGAAGGGGAUCACUGGAGUCCCGCACGGACGAGGGCGAGGGCGCAGGAGCGGUGGUUGCGGAAACAGCGGCGCGAGAGUCGGCUGGGCGGAUCAGAGGAUCCGGAGGAGCGGGAUGGGAGUCCGAAUGGCCGUGGGUUCAAGUAUCUUAAUGGAUCGCCUGGCCGCAGUCAGAGUGGAGAGCAGAGCGCAAGGGAUCGGAUACGCGCGUCGCUCGUUGAGUGUGCGCCGCUGCCGCAUACAUUAACAAACAGCACGGACGACUUGGAUUCGGUUGACGAGCGGCUGGAGGAGUACCGUUCAUCCUCGGACGCCGCGCAUGGCAGUGGUACUGGUGGUGCUGGGACGAUUCUGGGUAUACACAACCUGGCGAUCGUCGCGCCGCAGUUUGUGGUGGCUAUCAUCGCGUCGCUCAUCUUCAGCGCUGUGCACUCGGCGCGUGAUGGCAUUCACCUGGUGUUGGGCGAUGCGGUGAUGGUGGGGAUGGCGGAGGAAAGCGCGGUCGGCAAUCCAGCAGAGGGCACGGUUUGGGUGUUGCGAUUUGGUGGAGCUAUGGCGCUGUGCGCUGCGCUUGCGACGAGGUAUGUGCCUUUGACGCUGAGUGAGAGACGGAGACGGUAUGCGGGGCGGACGGUGGGGGACGGACUGGGGGAGGACGGGGAGAGGGAGGUGUACGAUCAGGAGGGGGAGGGGGAGAAUGUUCUUUGA